AUGGAGCGACGGCGACCAACACCGUUGGGCCCAAGAACGUCGACUCCAUUAGGUCCGAGAACACUCAAUAGGCAAUCUUCACUCUCCUCGAGGAAACGGUUGAGCGCGAAUUCGAGCAACAGAGGGUCAGUGGAUCUGGAUUUGGAGAGUGUUGAUGAGGAAAGGAGCAGUUCACGGAACGAAGACGACGAAGAAGUCACGCAGCGCAUUUCCCGUCUCGACAGUAACUCUCAUUUGGAUAGUCGGCACGGUUCAACAGCACGUCUAGCGUCUACGCUCAGCACUCUGUCAGCGUCGAACGUUCGAGACUCGUUGGAUGCGGGAAGCGUUCGUGAGGGCGGUUCAGUCGAAUCUCCGACCUCUGACCCGAGCUCAGCGUCGCCGCCAAAUAUCGAAGAUAAUUGUGAAGGGGAAACUCGAUGUGACGAAGGAAAACCCAUAUCUGAAAGUGGAUUUAUCAGUCGUAGCGCUCGGCCUUCGUCUGCGCCGACAUUCGAAGAACGACAUCGCGUCUCUGGCACUCCGUCAGACAGUAAUCACGCCUCUGUUCCGCCCUCACCUUCACAUGCACCAUCCGCACCGACCCCAACAUUCACUCAAAUGGUCCCGCCGUCCUUCACAUCUUCACCAGAACUUCCACCACAUUUCAAAGCUCUUCCGUACGACGCCGCGGUGUGGACUCUGACCUCCCACGAGCUUCAAAAUAUCGUAUCACGUUCGAUAAGAUCUUCAGCGCAGGAGUCCUUCGUCCGAUUACUCUCCCUGAAGUUGUUGGAUACCGAGCUACCCGGCGAACUUGAAAAGUUGAGCGAAAGGAGAAUGGAGAAGGGGGGGAAGUACAGAUUUCUGGUACAGAGGAAGAACAUGUUGGCUAGAGGUCUAUGGAGCAUCGUUGGCUCAGACCCAACCGUUACGUCUCUCCUUUCACAGCUUUCAGAAGCUUCUGCGGAAUGCGACAAGUUGGCUGAAGAGCUGGUUAAGAUCUGCGAUCAGGUCAAGGAAAUCCAGCAGUUACUGGAUAAUCACUCCGCUAGCGCCUUGGCUGUUGCUCUACGAAAGCUCAAUAACUCUUACGCCAAACGAACGGAUGAACUGGUGCAAGCACGAGAGCGGAUCAACCAACUUGAAGGCGAGAAAGAGGACGCAUGGAAGGAAGCUGAGCGGCUGGCAUUCAAGCUAGACGAGCUUGGGAGAGAGCGAGAAAUAGAAAGAGAGCAGCACUUGGAUGAGCUUCAGAGGGCUCAGGAAGACGAGAUACCAGAGGGAGACUCAGCAAUUUUAUUGGAAGCUCAAAUCGUCAACGUGGCUCUACCCCAGACUUCGUCAUUGCCAUUACGCCACCCUCGGAUCUCAACUUCUACGUUCGGUGGUGCCAGCCCAGUUAGUCCGAACUAUUCAGACCCGCACAUACCACCAGCGCGUAGCACACCAACUACACCCACGACGCCUCAUACGGCAACAACUCAAACCUCUGGUUCUAUGCCUAUACCUGUACCCGCUACCCCUACACAAACACAACCGCACGACGAUUCCCAAGCACCUUUUCAAACAUCGCAUCCGGAUGGCGACACUGAUUCGGAUGAUGACUCGCUCUCAGGAGAGGAAAUUCUCAUCCAAACAGCAGAGGUCAUCAAUGUCGCCUCGCCCACCCAAUCUACUUUUCCCUCAAGGCCGAUGUCACCCGUUUUAGAAAGACCGACACUGAUAACGAUUCCGAGCUCGCCGAAUUUGAAGACGAGGGCGAGUUUACCUAUGAUGUCGAUGAUGGGAAGUCAGCCUCAAUGGGUGCAGACAAGUCUACACACUGCUAUACCUUUACAAAGGCACUCGUCGUCGUCACCUCUUACUCCAUCACCACUCGGUCAGGAUUCACCACGGCCAACCCCAGAAGGGCCCACGAGUGUCAGCGGGCACGGAGAUGACGACGAGUGGGAUGUUGACGAUGAAGAGGAUAUAGGAGAAGAUCAGCAGAGACAUCCCAUCGAUUCGGCGUCUGAAUUAAUAGCUCAAGCCAACGAUACGACCUUGGAAACGGUAGACAAGAUGGGACCGUUCAAAAUCAGCCUUCCUUCACGAAAUAAAAAUACUGUGGGUUUAACUAUCGUUCCUCCACCUCCCUCCUCUUCUCAGCAACCUCCAACAUCGCUUACGCCCAAUCGACGACCACAGAGACCGUCGAAUCGGCCCCCCUCACCGUUUCCACCACCUUCACAACCGCUACCUUUGAGCCCAAGUCAACUCGAGUUCCCCGCACCUCCCCAAAGCCCUAAUAGUGUUACUUUAUCCCCGGUAAAAAAGCGAUCUAAACGUUAUUCGUCAUCAAGUGCUGGUGGGGGAAAGACACCAGCAACCCCGACACAUCUCGAAGGUGUGACUGCAGCGCGAAAACGGAGUAUUCGGGCAUCCCAGGGAAGUUUGCGUUUCGUACAUCCUAGGGAAGUCGGUGAAUUGCCAGAGUUGCCGACGAAGCUGUACAUGCAGAAUUCGAACAUGCCUUUGUCGUUGUCAUAUGGUCCCAGCCAAAGCUCUCCGACGGGAACUUCUACUUCUCCGAUGCAACAACACAACCGUCGACUACACCUCCAACCGAAUCGACGUCUAGCUGUCGACGAUCUCGUUCUCACACCUUCGCCCAUGUCGAACGAUGAUCAUUCGCAGAGAGAGAAGGCUACUCGAAGGGGUAGUGUCGAUGAGGUGUCUCUGGUUGCGAACAUGGCGCGUCGUCAGAUUGCUGGGCUUCAAGAAGAAGCUCCGCCGCUUCCGAAUGCUAAUGAUUCGAUCACUUACUAUUCAUUCCCGAAUGGAUCCGCCUCCAAGCCUGGGAGAUCGAUUCCGAAUGUAUGGGGAAUCGGGGCAGCAGAGCGGAAGCCUAGUGUGAGACUCAGCGCUCCUUCUACGGGUGGGAUCACAACUGAGGGUCGCAGUGGUGGCGGAGGGUUGGGAGCUGGGAUUCAAAAGUGGAAGAGUAUGUUGAUGAAUCAACGAGGUAGGGGGAGGUUUUCGGUCCUCGGAUAAGUCGUCGUUUUCAAACGGUUUUCUUCUCCUUUUCUUAUGCACACCCUACGUAGCCCAGUAAUUCUGUAUCCGCUAUCUACUAAAUUAUUGUUAAACCGUCAAGCUGCUUGUCAUACAUACCACUGAUCGCAUAGUUACCCUCUUUUAC